AUGAAGGUUUUGAUAGUUACUAGAGUUACAGAACCCUUAUCCAUCUACGUGAAGCACUGGAGCAGGAGUAUUCCAUUAAUCGAAUACACACCCACACUAGAGGAGGCUAUAAAUAUAAUCAGCUAUGUUCUUCGCUUUGUCAACAAAACUAAAGCAAAGGAAAAGAAACGAAAAGAGAUGGAGAAGCGAUAUGGUAAGAGAAGGAGACGUUAUGAGCAGCGAGUGAGACGUUGUAUGCGUCGAACGAGAAGGACAAGAAGAGCAGGUAAUAUAGCAGGGGUAUUUGAUCAACCGUCUUCUGAAGAGAAGAUGGAAUCACUUGGUCAUUUACUAAAAAAAGAGCAGGAAAAGUAUUUUUCGAAAGAAAUUGCUUGUAUAGAGAAGGACUGGUGUUUACCAGAAAAGAGCAGGAUAGAAUCUCUGAAACCAAUUCUAGAUGGCAAAAUGAUUCUAAGAGUUGGUGGAAGAUUAGAGCGAGCAGAGAUGGAAUACGAGAGAAGGCAUCCAGCUAUCGUACCAAAUGGGUCUCGAUUAGCCUGGUUAAUCAUGCAUAGUGCUCAUCCAGCAACUAAGCAUGGAGCGGUGCAGGUUAUGAUGCAGCAUAUUCGUCAGAAAUUUUGGAUUCCAAAGAUCCGAAGCGGGCUAAGAAGCUAUCUACAUAAGUGUUUGGUUUGUGUGCGACACAAUCAUCGCUUUGAGAUGCAAUUGAUGGCUGACUUACCAUCAGAGAGAGUAAUAGCAGGAAAGGCCUUUCUGCAAACAGGUGUGGAUUAUGCAGGGCCGUUUGAGAUCAAAAUGAUCGACAGAGCAGGAGAGCAAAUCAUAAGGCAGAAAUGUUGGGUCGCCAUUUUUGUCUGUUUGAAAACAAGAGCAGUGCAUAUUGAUGUGGUAUCACUUCUCACUUCAGUAGCGUUUAUUGCUUGUUUCGAAAGAUUCAUAGCGAGAAGGGGCAGGUGUGCAAGGUUAUACAGCGACAAUGGUACAGCAUUUGUUGGUGCAGCGAAAGAAUUAGAGAAGGCAAAAGAGCGUUGGCUAGUGAAGGAUACUUUUGAGCACUUGAGCUGGAAAGGGACGGAAUGGAGAUUUAUGACUCCAGCAGCACCACACCAAGGUGGUAUAUACGAAGCAGCGGUGAAGUCAAUGAAAUAUCAUUUGACGAGAACAGUUGGAGCGAAGGUUUUAGCAUAUGAGCAAUUUUUGACAUUACUUACUGGGAUCGAAGCCAUCUUGAAUUCAAGACCGCUACAUCCAUUGAGCGACGAUCCAAAUGAUCUGCAGGCGUUAACGCCGGGACAUUUUUUGGUUGGUGAACCAUUAGUGUUACCAUUACCAUUUGUGACUAAUGAAAUGCCAAAUACAAAAGGCAUAAAACUAUGGAAGGAGCGUAAGACUAUGCUUGCGCACUUCUGGAGCAGGUGGCAGGAAGAGUACUUAUCUACUCUAUAUGAGAGAAAGAAAUGGCGCAGGGAGAAAUAUGGCUUGAGAGAAGGACAGUUGUGCAUAAUAAAGAGCGAGAAUUUCCCACCAUCAGCAUGGGCGAUGGGGCGAAUACUGAAACUGAUACAUAGCAGGGAUAGACUAGUGAGAAGCGUGGUGCUCCAAACAGCAACCAAUCAACUGACAAGGCCGGUGCAGAAAAUCUGUAUCCUGCCAAUUGAAGAGCAGGAAUAA